AAUAAACUGUCAACGGUACACAAAUUGUCAAGAAAAGAAAACCAGGUUGCUAAUCCAUGGGUCUUUUGUAGUGUAACUGUUUAAGUUUAUAGUAAAAAUCAUAUAAAACAUGCCGAAAAACAAAGGUAAAGGAGGAAAAAAUAGGAGGCGAGGAAAGAACGAAAAUGAAACUGAAAAACGUGAGUUGGUCUUUAAGGAAGACGGACAAGAGUACGCCCAAGUCACAAAGAUGCUCGGUAAUGGCCGCUUGGAGGCCAUGUGCUUUGAUGGCAUCAAACGCCUGUGUCACAUCCGAGGGAAACUACGAAAAAAAGUGUGGAUAAAUCAAGGAGACAUAAUAUUAAUAGGCCUACGAGAUUAUCAAGAUGCGAAAGCUGAUGUCAUCUUGAAAUAUACUCCUGACGAAGCUAGGAAUCUAAAGACGUAUGGAGAAUUCCCAGAGACGGUCCGCAUCAAUGAGACAGUAGUGUAUUCUGUGGAUGGAUUAGAUGAAGAUAUUGAAUUUGGAGAUGAAGUCAGUUCAGAGGAUGAAGCUGAUGAUGUGUGAAUAUGUAAUUUUUAGCUUUAUUUAUGAUAUUUGCAGUAAGUCUCUGUAAAAUUCCUUCUGUUAUUAAACAUGACUUUAAUUUUUACUUA